AUGGAGUUGCUGCUGGGGCAAAAGGUCUUGCAUGGAGGCAAUGAAGUCGCUACAGGGUCUCUGCAUGGAGUCAUUGGAGUCUACUUUUCAGCGCACUGGUGCGGUCCAUGUCGAAGCUUUACACCACAAUUCCGAAAGGUAUACGAGCGCGCCAAGUUGAAAGGAAAGGCGUUUGAGGUCGUGUUCGUCUCGAGUGACCAUGAUGAGAACUCAUUCAAGGAGUAUUUCUCCACAAUGCCAUGGCACGCCGUUCCAUUUGCUGAUCGCAGCCGACAGCAACAGCUGUCCAGCCUUUUCCAGGUACGGGGUAUACCAUUUCUAGGCUUGCUGGAUGCCAAAGGUCAGGUGCUGGAUUGGAAUGCUCGGAGCAAAGUAAUGGAGCCUGGAUUCAUCUCAACUUUACCACGCUCGGUAGACCUCAAAGCUGUGGAGCUUCCACAGCCUUGUGGCCCAGUGGCGAUCCUUAUUCGCUAUUUUGGCAAAGAGUUCGAAAUUGAAUGCGAGCCCAGUGAAGGUUGGGAGAUGCUUCGGAUGCAAAUCUACUCAAUGACUGAAGUGCCUCCUGAGCAAAUGAAGCUUUUUGGUCUGGGGCUCGACGCAGGGCUUCUGGAUGAUUCUGUGCCGCUGGGUUGCGCGAUAGCUCGUGCAUGGGGAGCUCAAAAGGGCACCGGCUUGAAAUCUGCGAACGUUGCAGCGGACGCUCGGAAAGCCUCUUCUUCAUACAAUGAUGAACACAUUGGGCAGCGCCACCACUCUGGUACAAUGGACUCGAAGAGCGCGUGGUGCAGCCGUUCAGAUGACAAAAGACCUUGGUACCAGAUGGACCUUGGAGAAGUCAAAGAUGUUGCUGGCGUCAUUUUGGCAGCUCGUGCAGACAACCCUCAGUGGGUGACAAGGUUCAAAAUCUCGACUGCUGCUUCUGAGGAUGGAACAUGGCAGUUGGUUGAUGAUGGGCGAGAGUUUGACGGGCCAACGUUUCUCAGCUUAUCACGCGCUGUUUUUCACUGCUCCUGCAAAACACGGUUUGUGCGAGUGGAACCGUCGAGUUACAAGAGUCAUUGUUCGCUACGUGCAGAUGUGCUGCUGGCGUCGGAGGCUGGUGCAGCGGACCAGCUGCCAACAAUUGUGGUGUUGGGAAACUUCAGCGCAGGAGAUCCGUUCGAGGCUGCCAGUGAGGUCAAGAGCAAUGCGAAUGUUAUGUUGCAGGAGCAGUAUUUGGCCAUGCUUCAGGCCAAGCUUAGCUCCCUUCCCCCAAAGCUGCAGAAUCAGGUUUCAGCCUUGCAGACAGUGCAGCGCUAUGAGAAUAGGCAGCUACAAUGUCAGGCAUGCUGGUAUAUGACUUGA